AUGUAUGACGGCGGGGGACCAAAGCCGAAAGGACAUCUCCAGCUUGACAGCAGACAUCCUGAUGCCCAAAAGCAACAUCCGAGUUGGAUGUUGGAAUGUAAAAACCCUUACCAGACAGGGAAAUUAGCACAAACAGUAAGAGAGAUGAAUGUUUAUAAUUUGGGCUUGCUUGGAGUCACUGAAGCAAGAUGGACCAAAACAGGGAAGCAAAGGCUCAACCCGUGGGAAAUUAUCAUCUGGUCAGGAAGGAAAGAUGAAAAUCACCAGGAGGGAGUUGCUCUUAUCAUCAGCACAAAUCAUGCCAACACCUUGCUACAGUGGAAACCUAUCAAUGAAGCAUAUGCACCCAUUGAAAAUGCAGAUGAGGAUGACAAAGAUCAAUUCUACAGCGUACUCCAGGCAUCAUUGGAGAAUAUUCCAAGGCACGAUGUCCUUAUACUGAUGGGAGACUUCAAUGCAAGAGUCGGCAACAACAAUUCAAACAGAGAGAGAAUCAUGGGUAGGCAUGGGCUAGGUGAGCUCACUAACAAUGGGGAACAGCUUGUCAGUAUCUGUGAAGAGUAUGACCUGGCCAUUGGAGGCACUCUCUUUGCACACAAAAACAUUCACAAGUUGACCUGGACAUCACCGAAUGGGAUGACAAAAAGCCAAAUGAACCACAUUAUCAUAAAUAACAAGUGGAAACGCUCGCUACAAGAUGUACGGGUGAUGCGCAAUGCAGAUGUUGGCAGUGACCACAACCUUUAUAGAGAGGACUGGGAGGUAAAAAGGGCAGCAAGGAGAACCAAACGUCGCUAUACAGAAGAGCUGGCAGAAGAAGCAGAGUUUGCUGCUCAUCAACAAGACAUGAAAACAGUGUACCAAGCAACUACACAGGGUUCAAAUGCAGAUGAGGAUGACAAAGAUCAAUUCUACAGCGUACUCCAGGCAUCAUUGGAGAAUAUUCCAAGGCACGAUGUCCUUAUACUGAUGGGAGACUUCAAUGCAAGAGUCGGCAACAACAAUUCAAACAGAGAGAGAAUCAUGGGUAGGCAUGGGCUAGGUGAGCUCACUAACAAUGGGGAACGGCUUGUCAGUAUCUGUGAAGAGUAUGACCUGGCCAUUGGAGGCACUCUCUUUGCACACAAAAACAUUCACAAGUUGACCUGGACAUCACCGAAUGGACAUCGCUAUACAGAAGAGCUGGCAGAAGAAGCAGAGUUUGCUGCUCAUCAACAAGACAUGAAAACAGUGUACCAAGCAACUACACAGGGUUCAAGGUCACUCCCAGGAUAUUCCAGUGAAAGCUAA